AUGAAGAUUUUAUUGUUCAUUAUAAUUUUCGCUGUAAUAAUAUGUAAUAUUUCUGUUUCUGGAAGUGAAUGUCCACUUUGUGAGAAUGGAUAUUCCUGGGACUCGACUUGCACUUGUUCUUCCGAGAGAAUCAGAGAUAAUUGUGGAGGUUUAAAUAAAUACUGUAUUACAUGUGACGUGCCGAAUUAUUGCUGUUGUCAUCCAUUAACAAAGGAUCUGGUCUGGGGGAAAUAUAAGCUUGUGUUUGAUAAAUGUAACCAUGAAAGAAAUAAAGAAAAUGAAGAAAAAGAAAGAAAAUAUAAAAAAAAUUAUAACUAA